UCUAUUUGAUAACUUAUCAACUAGACUAAAAGUUUACAUGUAGGAGAACAGAGAUCGGAUAUAAAUCAUGGAUAGGAAUAUAUUAAACAUUUAUAAUGCCGUCAUAUUAAUUGUUACUCUGUAUGCAAAAGCGUCUGCGGGAAUCACAGUCAGUGAAGGAAAUAAUGUAUCGAUACCAUGCAACGUCACAAAAUCGUCAGAUAUGGAAAUAUACUGGACGAAGAAUUCGUCGGAUAGUACACUUGAAAUUAAGGGAGCAGUUCUUUAUUUCACAAACAUCAGUCGUAUAGACAGCGGACAAUACCUUUGCAAUUCGUUUAACAAGCAGUCGGGGAAAAAUGUAACAGAAGGUUCUGUAACUGUCGAUGUAUAUUACAAAGCGUCGGUGAAGUCCAUAACCGUGUCACCGUCAGUGAUGCAUGAAAACGAGUCAUACACCGUAACAUGUGACUUCGAAGGGAACCCUGCUCCCAAGUGGCAAAUACGUCUGAAGGAUUCCAUACUCGAGAUUGGUCAAAGCUCCGGUGUAUAUAAAACAAGAAUGCAUACCGGAAACUGCGGUGAUACCGGUCAUGUGACGUGCGAAGCUAAAAACAGUUUAAACAAUGGCUCAGAAGUAUUAAUGCAAAAUAUAACCGUCUUUUGUUCACCCCGCCCAAUUUGGUUAAACAGAUACAGAGUUACGGCACCUGUCGGUGGAUUUACAGCUCUGGUGAUGAUGGCGCAUGGAUAUCCUUACCCGCAAUUUACUUGGUCACGUGACGAUGGAGAGUCAAUCAAAGGCCCAGUACAGACGAAUUUACGAGAAAUAUCAAUAUUGAAUAUUACGAACAUAAAAACCAGGGACUACGCAAAUUAUUCAUUAACAAUGAAUAACUCUUACGGGUCAUAUGUUGCCCACUAUCAGCUGUUUCCCUCAGGCAAGUACAGAAACAAACAAUUCAUUAACAAUCGAUAACUCUUACGGGUCGUAUGUUGCCCACUAUCAGCUGAUUCCCCCAGGCAAGUACAGAAACAAACAAUUCCUUAACAAUGAAUAACUCUUACGGGUCGUAUGUUGCCCACUAUCAGCUGUUUCCCUCAGCUACUCCAGAUAACAACAACAACAACAACAACAGUGCUAUUUUACAGUUUCCUGAUAUAACCACUAUUGCAUUUGGAAUUGUUUCGGUUAUGACAGUUUUAUGAACUUCCGGUUGACGAUGCUGACCUUAAAUAUGGCAGACAAAAUCAUCAUCAGUGGCAUUCGUAGCCUUUAAGUCAUUAGUAGGAAGGGGUUUGUAAUUACUAUGUCAAUGAAAAAAACGUGUGAUCACCGCUAGAAUGACUUUUACAAUAGGGACUUUAAAAUGGUGACUUUGAGUAUCAGAACUUUUGGUUUUGAUGAUUUGCAUGCAAAUAAAACUAAAGAACGGUCUGCAAAUAGUGAAUCAAGGAAACAACAACAAUAAA